AUGGCGGCUACAGAGCUGAAACCUCCGUUCGACCCUAAGUACGAUCAUUACGACUUCCCCACCACUGCCCCCGAGCCGCAGAGUGGUCACCCCGGCCACACCACCCCAGAGCAAAAUGCUAAGGUCCACCAGCUUCGGACUCUCCUGGAGCAAAUGGGCUACACCGAGCGAUUGGAUACAUUGUCUAUGCUGCGAUUCCUGAGAGCCCGCAAGUUCGAUGUCGAGGCUGCCAAGACCAUGUUCGUGGACUGUGAAAAGUGGCGCAAGGAGUUUGGUACAGAUGACCUGCCCCGCACCUUCAACUACGAGGAGAAGGCAAAGGUUUUCGAGUAUUACCCUCAAUACUACCAUAAAAUCGAUAAGGACGGCCGUCCUGUCUACAUCGAGAAGCUCGGAAAGAUCGACCUCAAUGCGAUGUACAAGAUCACCACUGCCGAACGCAUGCUGGCUAACCUUGUCACCGAGUACGAGAAACUCGUCGAUCCUCGUCUGCCCGCCUGCUCUCGCAAGUCCGGCAAGCUCCUCGAGACCUGCUGCACGAUCAUGGAUCUGAAGGGUGUCGGCAUCACCAGCAUUCCCUCCGUCUAUGGAUACGUUCAACAAGCUUCCAAGAUCUCCCAGAACUACUAUCCCGAGCGUCUGGGCAAGCUAUACCUCAUCAAUGCCCCCUGGGGCUUCAGCAGCGUCUUCAGCGUCGUCAAGGGCUUCCUCGACCCCGUCACCGUUGCCAAGAUCCACGUCCUGGGCAGCGGCUACCAGAAGGAGCUGCUCGCCCAGGUCCCUGCCGAGAACCUGCCGGUCGAAUUCGGUGGAAAGUGCAAGUGUGAGGGUGGCUGUGAGUUCUCCGAUGAUGGCCCCUGGCAAGACCCCGAGUGGUCGCGCACCCCUGCGUGGGCGGAACCUAAGGGCGACGCGGCUGUUGUUGAGAACGAGGAUCCCGGAUACGAGAAGAAGGCUGCCGAGGGUCAGGAAGGCGCCCAGGCUAGCGCUUAA